UUUUUUUUGGUAAUAAACUUCCUGCGAUGAAAUAAAUAAGAUUAGCAUUUUUAAUUACUAGUUUAUCAGUACAAACUAAUUACACAUUCACUUUAGUGUCUUUCAGGAUAUACUGCGACGUACAUAUACACUAUUUUUAUUUCUAUUGUUGUACGGUUUGCAGGAUGUUUUUGUGCGUCCUUCUAGUCAUCAUUAUUGCCGCUACGUUGACAGACCGUUUAAUGAAGUUCAAGCCAAAACUCAUGGAAAAGUACGGUGCGCUUGGUGAUCUUGUGAAAGGUUUCUCCGCCACGUCAAACACGCGCAUGUUGCUCAAAGUCGCCGAGAAGUCAAACACUGACCAUAACGCCCUGCAGUUCCUGCACGGCAUGAGGUUCUUCUCCAUCGUCCACAUAGUGUUUUGCCAUUGCGGUCAAACGAUGUCCGACAACUGGUCACGUUACCUCAAUUUGCUCAUCGCCUCUGACGAAUGGUCAUUCAUGUUCAUAAGCGCUGGGUUUAGCAGCGUUGGAACGUUCUUUUUCCUCAGUGGAUUUUUCUUGUGCCUCACUGUCGGCAGGGAGAAGAGAGGAGGGCCCAUCGUUUUCAUCAUAGGCGUGAUACGACGACUUAUCAGAACUGCCAUUCCACUAUUCUUCAUCAUCAUGUGCUUAUACUUGAUGCCACGCUUCGUUUUCGGACCGGACACCAAGGCUUUUUUCCUCAAGCUACACAAGGAUGUCGCCAGUCACUGGUGGCACCUGCUUCUGAUGAUCAGGAAUUUCGUUGAGAUCAGUGCAUGGGAUAUGCUUCCGCACACGUGGUAUCUGUCCACGGAUUUCCAGCUCUUUACCACAUCUCUUGUGAUACUGCUAGUUUUCAAAAGUCGGAAAAUGCUGGCCGUGGGGGCAUUCAUUCUGUUAUCCUUCCUGGGCUGCGCCAUCGGAACAUGGGUAGUGGCCAGUUCUGACUUGCUGCCUUUCAUGGUCUUUCCCGGGCCAGUUCUACAAGUGAUGUCCAAAACUGUGAACGAAUACUACCUCCGGCCAUACUAUCACGCCGUGUGCUACUUCAGCGGGUGUUUGACAUACCUUGUUAUCGAAGACUUCAGGCAGCGAAAAAUUAGCAAGACCGUUCAGGCGACAGGCUGGUGCGUGUAUGUGAGCUGCGCCUUGCUCUGCAUUUUCAUGAAGCUCGCCUGGUACCGCAGCCCCGACCCCACGUCAGAGGCAGUAAAGCUGCUCGCGGCAUUUUUUGAUCGGAUCCUGUGGUCGGUGUCCCUCAUUUGGAUCACAUUGGCCUGCGCUUCUGGACGAGGUGGGCUUGUCAGCAAGUUCCUGUCGUGCAAUGUAUUCGUGCCGCUGAGCAAACUCUCAUUUGGUGUGUACCUGAUCCAUGUACCUUUCAUCGAACUUUACCUACAUGCCUCCAGGGAGCGCAUAUUCUGGUCAAAAUUUAAUAUGGUCACGCUAUUAUUCGCGAUUCUUGCGUGGAGCUACCUGCUGGCCUACUUGACUUUCCUCGCGUGUGAAGCUCCAACAGGUGCUCUGGACAAAUUCAUUUUCACCAGACUUAUCGGUGGAGGCGCAAAUUCGAGGAAGCGGCAUCCAACGCAGCAGAAUGCCAGCGAUGCGAAGCCCCAUAUAAAUGUAGACGACGGUGUGUCGUCCCGAUGUUAAUUCGGCAGCUAGCCGCGUGCUCUGUGUGUCAUCGUUCUUCCAUGCGGCGUCGAUUGUGGACCUUCAGAACGCUCAGCGGAAGCAUCUCGUGGCGAAAACGGUGCAACGGUGGCUGUGCUAUUGUGCGCAAGUGAAUGCCAUGAAGAUAUGGUGGUGUCGUUUGCAUUGGUGAAAGCUGGCCGAUUACAACUUUUCAGGGUUGAAAGGCCUGGAAACCAACUCUGUUCUUUAUAUUCACACCUACGUUAAACUCAGAAAUCAUCUCAUUAAACAAACGCCUAACGA